AUGACUAGCCUACGGAUCCUUUCUCGGGACCAUCCCCACCGGACACUGGCUUUGGCUACCGAUGAUUGCGCCCUGAUCUUUCAAUACACCUCCUCCGAGUCGGGCGCGGGACACCAACGGCGUAAUAACAAUGACCCGCCACGGUGUUUAGUUGAAUUCGUUAGCCUCUCGUCGGCGGAAUUGAAGGGCUAUCGGUCCCUAGGGAUUGGAUUCGGUACUCUCGGCUUGGUCACUCUGGAUGAAGAUGUCUUCCUUUGUGUGGUCACUGGCUCCUCACGCGCGGCAACCGUCCGCCCGGGUGAAACAGUUUCACGAAUCGACAACGUGGACUUCUACUGUCUGAAUCGUUCGGAUUAUGAGGAUGGGCUGGAGUACGCGUGGGACUCGUCCUUUGCAGCGGAAGAUAACAAUAAUGGCCCUGGGAUGGAAGGGAAAGAGAUGGUCACUGACCAUCCGUUUCUGGCCCUGAAGAAGCUCCUCAGCGAUGGUAGUUUCUACUACAGCCUUGAUUUUAAUCUCACGGACCGUCUGCAGGAUCGUUCGGACAAAUCUGCGGCCUUCGACAUCGAAUCUCUCAAAGAAGACAUGCUCUGGAACUCCUACAUGAUACACCCCCUCCUCCUAUUCAGGAACCGCCUGUCUCCCCUGGAAAAGCAACGUCUUGAUUCUUCGCAGAUCCUGACCUGUGUCAUCCGGGGAUUUGCUAGCACCGUGACAGUCCCUGCCAUUGUCCAUGUCAUACCUGAGGCGCCGGCGCAUCAUCCAUCCUUACUCACCAUAAUAUCUCGUCAAUCCUCCCGACGCGCAGGGACCAGAUUCAACUCUCGUGGCAUCGAUGACGACGGACAUGUCGCGAAUUUUGUGGAGACAGAGUUGAUCCUAUGGGUCCCUCCUGGCACGUCUUUCUCCUAUGUCCAAAUUCGUGGCUCGGUUCCUCUUUUCUGGGAGCAGGCCAGCGGCUUUAUUCCUGGGCAACAGAAAAUCGAAAUCACCCGGUCAAGUGAGGCAACGCAGUAUGCUUUCAACAAACAUUUUGAACAUCUAGAGCUUGAGUAUGGUGCAAUCCAUGUGGUCAACCUCCUCAGUGAACUCAAGCCGGCGGAAUCUGAGCUUUCUGCAAAGUUCCGGGAACAAAUUCGGAAGAGCUCACUUGCCCAAAAAGCGGGAUUCGACAUGCUAUCUGACCAUGCCCUGUUGCGAGUGACCGAGUUUGACUUCCACGCAGAGGCCCGCGGCCCCCAGGGAUACGGAGCUAGUAACCAAAUCAAACAUGAAAUUUCACACUCGCUACAUGGCUUUGCAUAUUUCUUGUCUGACGAGGACAGUGCAACCACUGUCGACGACAGCAGACGCCAGCCAAGAAGCUCCUCUGUUCUCCUCCAACAAGAAGGUGUAUUCCGCACAAAUUGUCUAGACUGCCUCGAUAGAACAAAUCUGGUGCAGACGAUUAUAAGUCUGAUGGCGCUGGAGUCAUUCUUGCAUCAGAAAGGUGCGAGCCUGAGUUCUGCCGUUCAGGUAAGGCACUCGAGUCUUUGGGCGGAUAAUGGUGAUGCUUUGUCCAAAAUAUAUGCCGGCACAGGCGCCCUCAAGAGUUCGUUCACACGGCAUGGGAAAAUGUCUCUCGCUGGUGCUCUUGCAGAUGCCCGCAAGACGGCCACAAGACUCUAUGUCAACAAUUUUACGGACAAAGCCCGUCAGAAAACAAUAGAUCUCUUGCUAGGGCGUCUGGCAGAUCAAGUUCCUGUGUAUCUGUUUGACCCAAUCAACGACCUGGUGUCUGAGGAGUUGAGCCGACGAACAGCGGAAUACUCUUUCACGAGAACAAUCAAGAUCUGGACGGGUACCUUCAAUGUUAACGGCCGCCAUCUGGGUGCUGACGUUGAUCUAAGCCUAUGGCUAUGGCCGUCCCUCGACGAGCAAGAUGAUAUCCCCGCCAUCGUUGCUGUUGGGUUCCAGGAGAUUGUACCCUUGAGCCCACAGCAAAUCAUGUCCACAGACCCUACUACUCGUAAAGUAUGGGAAGUUGCAGUCAAGAACUGUUUGAACAACUACGCAGCGGCCAGAGGAACUGCGAAGUAUAUUCUCUUGCGCAGUGGGCAACUUGUAGGUACUGCUCUUAUGAUCUUUGUGAGAGAAGAGGCCUUGAACUAUAUAAAGAACGUUGAAGGAAGUGUCAAGAAGACCGGACUUUCUGGAAUGGCAGGCAACAAAGGUGGCUGUGCGAUCCGCUUUGACUACUCCAGCACGCGGUUAUGUUUUGUCACAGCACAUCUUGCCGCGGGAUUCGGGAAUUACGAAGAAAGGAACAGGGAUUAUGAAACCAUUUCCCAUGGACUGAGAUUCCAGAAGAACAGGUCAAUUGCGGAUCACGAUGCUAUCAUCUGGCUUGGAGAUUUCAAUUAUCGAAUCGGGCGGGACAACCAAACUGUUCGGGAUCUGGUGGCCCGAAAAGACUUCCAAAAGCUAUAUGACAACGAUCAGCUCAACCUAGGGAUGCUUAAAGGUUGGACCUUUCAAUUCUAUACUGAAGGAACCAUCACCUUCCCUCCGACGUACAAGUACGAUGUUGGUAGGGAUGAAUAUGACACAUCGUACGACAUAACCCUUCCUAACUUUGAUGGAGAUCAACUGACAACCCACAGAGAGAAGGCACGCAUCCCUGCGUGGUGCGACAGAAUCCUAUGGAGAGGAUCAGGCCUGCAGCAGACGAAUUACCAAGCUGCCAAUCUACGGUUUUCAGACCAUCGUCCGGUCUGGGCGACGUUCUCGUGCAAAAUCACUGUCAUUGACGAGACCAUGAAAAGCAAGCUCCGACAGCAACUAUAUGAGCAGAGGCAGAGGGAUCCACGCAAUGUAGUUGCCAGCACGAAGGACCUGAUGGGAUCUGAAACGGAAGAUCUGAUAAUGCUUGAAUCUAUUGCACCCGGACUACCGCCUGCUAGUUCGGACAAUCAGAAAUGGUGGCUCGAUAACGGCAUGCCAGUCAGAUCAACCGUAAAGCCACCAGGCGACGACUACAUUCUGAAUGUUUUCGAGCAAUCCAAUCCCUUUCCUUCUCCCAAGGGAUCCGACUGGGUCAACAUACACGGCCAUCAAGAUGGGAACGGCCCGAGAGACCCAAAGAACGAUGACAGCUCCCAACGACCCGCCCUACCCCCGCGGGUGAGAACGGCUGAUCUCAAAGAUCAUGAGAGCUCCUCCAACGUCAACUCCAGCAGCCCCAAGAGUGCUGGAUCCUCGCAUCAGAACCACCCGAAAGACCAGAAGUCAGCACCGCCAAUACCACGGAAGCCAGUCUCUCUUAGCAUGGGACCGCAGCCCUCCCCGAGUACCCCGGGAAGGCUGGACCCUGGAGCGCCAGCAAGACGCGCCGAAACCCGUCCAGGUGAUAGAAGCGGUGUUCAUGGACUUGAAGGCAUGGCAAAUGUUUCCUUGACGGACCGUGCGACUCCCAAGUCGCAGUGGAGAAACCCAGCAGUGAAUAAACACCAGGAGGGGAGUCUUCUGGACAGUCCCGUCGACAUGCUCUCGCCGUCUCCAGCUGGUCCUGGAGACCUUCUUGACGGAGCUCUGGAUGGGAAAGUUGACUGGAAGCCAUUAAUGCCCAAUUAA